AUGUACCAAAUGCAAAGUAUUUUGACAGCAUGUUUUGCUCCAGAUACCAAACAUACAGACGAUUGGUUCAAAAACCAAAGCACACAAGAACUUUUGAGCGAAGCACAGCGAGACCGACUUUUUUCGGGGUCGCCUAAAACUCAUGAAAAUCGUAAAAAUUUGCCAAAUGGUUUGAGAGGUUGGUAUGUACAUAGACUUCUUGUAAAUGCUGUUGCAAUGUGGGCUUCGCCUCGUUAUGCUUGGUAUAUUUACAGACUUCUUGACGAAAUUCAUAGACAAGAACGUGAAGAGAUGGAAAAGAAACUUCAAGCAAAAGAUGAAGUCAUUGAAGCAAAAGACAAAAGCAUUCAGAAAAGAAUACCACGUUCGGUACCAAAAGGAAAGGAAAAGAACUAUAAGUAUAUGAUUUAUACUGAAGAGAUGGAAAAUGAAGAAGAUAAAGAUAUGGUUAUGUUGCAUUUAGUCAGAAGAAACAACAAAAGCUUUUACGACCUUGCUAAGAUUUACAAAUCUGACAGAAAUUGGUUCUAUCGCGAAAACUUACCGAUUUCAAUGACACCGAAUGAAGAUGUGAAACAAAUAGUUCAAGAUAC